AUGUCUGGCAAGAACGGUCACGCCACACCCCCAGCCGAGGGCGCGACUCCUGCUGUAGAGACUAAGGACGACGCGACCAAGAAAGAUGCUGUCGAUACUGAGAUGAAGGAGGCUCCUGCCGCCGAGUCCAAGGCCGCCGUCGAGUCCAGGGCUGAGCCUGCCGCCGCUGCGGAUUCGACAAAAGAAGCUGAAAAGCCCGCCGAAGCAUCCAGCGAGAAGCCCGCCGAGCAAACCGAAGAUAACAAGUCCGACGUCGAGAUGGCAGACGCUGCUGCCCCAGUUGAACCUGCGCCGGAGGGUGCUGACGCCGGCGCAUCUGCGGGGGCAGAUCAAGCCGACCAAGCUGCCGCCGACGCUGCCGACGCCGCCAGUGGCGAUGCUGACAAGUCCAAAUCGCGACGCAAGUCAAUUGGCGGCGGCGCGGCGAAGGGCAAGAAGCUGAACAAGAAGGCCUCGAAGCCGCGCAUGCUGAACCUAGAUGCGGAGCCUGGGGACCACUACUUCGUCAAGCUCAAGGGCUUCCCUCAAUGGCCCGUCAUUAUCUGCGACGAGGACAUGCUACCGGCAUCGCUACUCAAAUCUCGGCCCGUCACGGCGAAGCGCGCCGAUGGCACCUACCGCGAGGACUACGCCGACGGGGGCAAGAACGUCGCCGACCGGACAUUCCCCGUCAUGUACCUACACACCAACGAAUUCGGCUGGGUGCCGAAUACCGAGCUGAUCAAGCUUGAUCCCGAGACGGUCCUCGACGUCAAGUUAGACAAGAUGAGGAAGACGCUGCAGGCUGCGCAUCACUUGGCGUCGGAGAACCACCCGCUGUCAUACUACAAGGAGGUCCUCCAAAACUACCAGGAAGAGCUUAUCGAGCAGGAGAAGGCCAAGGCGGCCAAGGCGGCUACACCGAAGGGCAAGAAGUCUAAGGCUCUCAGCGAGGAUGACGACGAUGUGGAUAUGGAGGAUGCACCCGAUGUUGACGAGACGCCGGCCAAGGACAAGAAGGCUAAAAAGAGGAAGGCUGAGGACAGCGCCGAGACACCGCGGCGUUCCGACUCGGUCAAAAAGCCCAAGAUCAAGCUCACAACGAGCGCCACGCCCAAGACAGCUAACGGUGCGACGGCCACUCCGAAAUCGACCAAGGCGACCGACGCCAAGAGCUCAAAGUCCAAGUCGAAGAAGAAGGAUGCAGAUGAUAAGGACGCCGAGGAGGCGGCGGCAGCCAAGGAGACAGAACAACUCUCGGCUGAGGAUAAGCACACCAGGAAGUCGGUGCUCAAGGCAAUCUUGAAGCUGGAGACAUUUCUGAAGAGGGACGAGUUCAAGUCUCAGCCGCGCUCGCAGGUCUUGCUGGAUAAGUGGAACAAGCUGCUGGCUGUCGACGGGACACCGACAGCGCCCGCCGCCGAGCAUCUUCCGCUCACCCAUCCCAAGGACAAGGCUGCCGAAGCUGUCGAGGCGUCCGCAUAG